UAAAUGACCGAAAAAACGGGAAGCCCUUACGAUAUGGACAGUACCAACUUUGAGUCUGGUCGUUAUUUAGAAAAACUUCUUAAAGAAUGCACUCUCAAACAAAUAAUGGACACAGAAGCCGUUGUCGUCAAAGACACACAAACUCUUCACAGCGAUAUGCAAACACUGGUCUAUGAGAAUUACAAUAAAUUCAUAUCGGCAACGGAUACAAUAAGAAAAAUGAAGAACGACUUCAAACAAAUGGAAACUGAUAUGAAUUUGUUAAAAACCAAAAUGCAAACUAUAACUUCUUUUAGUGACAAAAUAACAGGAACACUCCAAGGCACAAGAUCACAGUUGUGUAAGCUUUCAGAGAAACACUCUCUACUCAAACGUUUGCAAUUUCUAUCAUCGCUUCCGGGGAAGCUAAAAGGUCUAAUUGACGAGGAAAACUAUAAUCAAGCUGUUCAAGAUUACAUUCAUGCCAAAAAAGUAUUUCAACAAUAUGGCAAUCAGCCAUCGUUUGAUGGCAUUCAAAAGGAUUGCGAGAGUAUCAUUGAAGAUUUGAAAGAUAAACUUCGAAGAGACUUUCAAUUGGCUGGAAAUACUGCACAAUCGUUGACUGAAAUCGGCGAGUUGAUGUUGCAGCUGGAUGAAAAGCCUGCCGAUUUGGCAAGUGAUAUGUUGCAAUGUGCUUCGAAAAGAUUACACGAACAAAUUGUUAUGUUGCAGGAUCAAAAUGAACGAGAUAUGAUUGAAUUUGUUGAUAUGGGCAUUGAAGGUUUUCUCAGUGAUUUGACUUUGGUAGUGACUUCAUAUUUUGAUAUGUUUCUGGCAAAGCCGCAUGAAUCAGAACGGGAUGAUUUCCAAGAAAACUGCAUUCGGGAACUGAACGAUUUUUUAAACCGAAACAUAGAUAAGUAUUUGAGUUUGAUUCAGGACAGAGUAGAAUCCGAAAUUGGUUUCGGAGACACCCAAAUAAUGCUACGAGGUCUAGAUCGACUUCAUAGACGUUUAAUGGCAAUGCGUAAUAUGUGUCGUGGAAUUGAAAUUCAACGUAACGCUCUCGACAUAAUAAUUGGUGGUGCACACCAAUUAUGUGAAGUACAUACGAAGAACUUGAAAGAUCAUUUCUCUGAUAGUUUGAGUUCAGUAAGAUUGUCCUUAGUAUCAGCAAAAAGCGAAAGUGGAACCACUAAUUUAAACGAUUUAAUAACAAAUCUUUAUGUGUCAACGGUUGAGAAAGUUAAGGGAGUUCUGCAAGACCUAUUGGUGUUCCUUCAAACUGAAUGGUCUUUCAACAUCAAAGCCGAAUACAAAGGCACAUUAUGUGUUGAAGGAAUACGAGAAAAUUUAUUAAUUGGUUUCCUAAGACAUGUUGCAAGAGUAAUGUCUUCAUUUGCUGAUACAUCCUCAUCUAGUCCUCCGAACCUGUUGCUUGUUCUUUCCAAAACUUGUCUUGAGAUGGAACAAAAUGGAGCUCAUGUGUUGAUUUCCCUGGGAGAUGACCUUUACGAAAUUGAUUCAGAAAAUAGUGCAACGCUUACACAUGAAACUGAAAUUUGCAGCGAAAUGAGGGAAACAGCUCAAACACUCCUAGAUGCAUAUGUUCGGCUCCAGGGGACAAAUAUUUCACAGAUGCUCCGAAAAAGUGUAGAAACUAGAGACUGGCUCAAUUGCUUGGAACCACGAUCAGUGCGUGCGGUGAUGAAACGAGUUGUUGAAGAGCUAUCGAGUAUUGAAAAUGUUGUAGCUAACUUAUACGAGCCUGGUUCUCGUACAGCAGCUAGUAGUGACUCAAGUCGAAAAACUCACUUUAGUAAUGUUACACAAUCGAAGCAGCAAUAUCGAUCGAAUUGGUCCAACUAUACACCAUCUCAACUAGAAUCGAGCUAUGUUUCAAACAUUCAUCGAUUGUUUUCGGAACGAAUUGAUAUCUUCACUUCGGUUGAGUUUUCUAAAGUGUCUAUAAUUACGGGAAUUAUUAAAAUAGGGUUAAAGACUUUGUUGGAAUGUGUUCGCUUGCGAACAUUUAGCAAAUUUGGUUUGCAACAAAUACAAGUUGACACUCAUUAUCUGCAAAUGAAUCUAUGGCGUUUUGUUACGGAUGAAAACUUGGUUAACUUUUUGCUGGAUGAAAUUUUGGGUUCAGCUGUUCAUCGGUGUUUAGAAUCGAUUCUAAUGGAACCCAAUGCUGUUGAAAUUAUAUGCGAACGUGGUUAGUAUUAAUAUAAAAUUCUAUUUUGUUAAAUUUGUCACAUUCCGUCUCAUAACAUUAUUUAUUGUGUUUUAAAAAUUAAUUUAAAUGUUUUUUAUGUAUAUUUUAUUACAAGCUUAAUGGAAA